AUGAAUAUUAAUUUUUAUGUUUAUGAUGAUGAAGCAGAUGAUGAAAUAAUUUCUAGUAAUUUUAAUGUAUACUGUUCAGAUGAAUUUUUAAAAAUUCAGAACAUCGAAAAAAACAGCAACGCUAUAAUUUAUCAUGAAAUAAAGAAUGAAGAAGAAAAAGAAGAUGUAAAUAAUAUUAGAAAUAUAAAUAUAAAUAAAAAUAAUGAAGAAAAAACAGAAAAAGUGAAAGAACCAAAUAAUGUACAAAAUUUUUUUGUAUUAUGUUGUUUUAAAAAUUAUAAUGAAUUGAAUAUAAAAAAAAAAUUAGAAAAUAAUGGAUUAUAUAUUAAUAAAUAUAUAGUUAGAUGUCUAAAUAUAGAUAUAAAAGAAAAAGAAGAAAAAUAUAAAAAUAAAAAUUGUAAAGAUCAAAGUAAUAAUGAUAAAAAAAUAUGUACACUUAAAGUGGAUAUAAUAAAACCUCAAUUAUUUAUACCUAUUAAAGAAAUUAAAUUAUAUGUUGAAGAAGUCUUUAAUAAAUCUUAUGAAUAUUUAAAAAGUUAUCAAUAUGAAAAUAUAGAUAUAUUACAAUCAUAUUGGAGCAAUAUUAAAAGUAAAAACCUAGAAAAAUAUAUUAACCUUUCUUUAUUAAAUACAUGUUUGUUUGUUAAUAAUUUUUUAAAAAUAAGUAUAUUAGGUGUCCAAUCUUAUAUAACAGUUAAACAUAUUAUUCUAAUCAACAACAAUAAAAAGAAAACAAAAAUGAAAAAUAAAAGGAAAGAUGAAAAAGGAAGUCAACAAGAUAAGCAAGAAAAAAAUAACAAUCAAAAUACCAAUCAAAAUAAGAACAAUUUAUGUGAGAACAAUAUGGUAGUACCUUUUAUUGAUCAUAAUUCCAAAAUUGUUAUUGUAACUAAUGAUGAUAUAAGAAACAAUGUAGAUGAUAAAUAUUUUAUAAAUGAAUAUGAAGGAGAAAAAAACAAUAAUAUAAAAUUCAAUCAUAUGAAAAAUUUGAAUUUAAAAAAAAUGAUGAUAAAUAAAAAAGAAAAAAAAGGAUUAAAUAAAUUAGGAGGAUAUAAUAAAAUUAAAGAAGAUAUAUAUUAUUAUAUAUUAAUUCCUUUAAUAUAUAAACAUAUAUAUAAUCAAUAUCAUAUUGAUAUACAUAAAGGUAUAUUAUUACAUGGUCCUCCAGGGUGUGGUAAAACAUAUAUUGCUUUAUCAAUAAAAGAGGAAUUAUUAUUAUUAAAAAAGAAAUUUUAUAUGAUUAAACAAGACAAAAUAAAACAAAAAGAAUUAAAUAAUAAUCCAAAAAAGUAUGUUCAUUAUAAUGAUGAUGAUUAUUCAUAUAAUUGUGAUAAUAUUAUUAACAUACCAGAAAUUGAAAUAUUAAAAAGUACAGAUCUAAUUGAUCAUAAUAAUACUGGAUAUAAAAUUAAUGAAUUAUUUUUAAGAUGUCAUAAAAGAUAUCAAGAAGAAAAAAAAUGUAGCAUAAUUUUUAUUGAUGAAAUAGAAAUCUUAUGUAAAACUAGAGAAGAAAAUAAUAAUAUGAAUUUAUAUACAUCGGUAUUAUUAAAUAAUAUGGAUGGAAUCAAAAAAGAUACACAUACUAUUCUUAUAGGUGCUACAAAUUAUAUUAAUAAAAUUGAUCUAGCUUUAAGAAGAAGUGGAAGAUUUGAUAAAGAAAUUGAAGUUAAUCUCCCUAAUUUAAAAGAUAGAAUCUCUAUUUUUAAAAAGAAAUUAAAUUUAAUAAAAAAUAAUAUAAAUAAAAAAAAAAUACAUACAUUAGCAGACCUAUGUCAAUCCUUCACUUGCUCGGAUAUCAAUUCUUUAAUUAAUAUUUCUAUGUUUCUAAACAUAAAAGAAAAUAAAAUUAUUUCACGUGAUAUAUUUAAGAGAUCACAUAUUGAUACUUUACAUCAUACAAGCAAUAUUGAGAAGAAACAAGCAGGUGUAUCAUUAAAAGAUUCGAUUGAAAGGAAGGGGUGUGUAAAUAAAAUGGAAGAUGAUACGUCUGAAAAUAAAUAUAUAAAUAUAAAAAAUAAUAAUAAUAUAAAUCAUUUGUAUAAUAAUUCCUCAAGAGAUAUACAAAACAAUAUGUGUAAUGAUAAUACAUUGAUUGAUUAUAAUAAAAAUAAUUUAUGUCCUUUAAAAUAUAAACAUAUAUUGAAAGCAUUAAAAUAUAUAAAACCAUCAGGAAUGAAAGAAUUAUAUAUAGAUAUACCAAGAACAAAAUUUAAAGAUAUAGGAGGCUAUAAAUUUGUAAAAAGAUGCAUAAAUGAAUGUUUAAUAUAUCCAAAGAAAUAUAAAAAUAUAUAUGAUAAAUAUAAUAUAGAUAGUCCUAAAGGUAUAUUAUUAUAUGGUCCUCCAGGGUGUUCUAAAACUUUAUUUGCAAAAGCUAUAGCUAGUGAAAUACAUAUGAAUUUUAUAAGUGUUAAAGGCCCAGAAAUAUUUUCUAAAUAUGUAGGUGAAUCUGAAAAAAGUAUAAGAAAUAUUUUUAAAAAAGCUAGAGAAAAUCAUCCAUGUGUUAUAUUUUUUGAUGAAAUAGAUUCUAUAGCUGUUAAUAGAAAUAACAAUCAAAAUUUUGUAUCAAAUAGAGUAUUAUGUCAAUUAUUAAAUGAAAUUGAUGGAAUAACAAAUAGAUUAAAUGUUAUAAUACUUGCUGCAACUAAUAGACCAGAUUUAAUAGAUCCAGCAUUAAUGAGACCUGGACGUUUUGAUAGAAUUAUUUAUGUCCCCUUACCAAAUUAUUCUUCCAGAUUUUCUAUAUUAAAAAAAAAUCUCAAAUUUUUUAAAAUCAAUAAUUUAAUUCAAUAUGAUAAGAAAAAAGAUACAUUAAAUCAUCAUAACAAUAAGAGUAUUAAAAGAGAAUGUAUUAUAGAUCAUAUACAACAUAUUGAUGAUACAAAUAAUUCAAAUGAACAAACAAACAACAAUAUUAAACAAUCUUCUUAUGAUCAUAUUGAAAAUUAUACAUUUAAUAAAAAUAAUAAUAAAAUAAAAACAAAUAAUAAUUCAACUUUAUAUAAACAUAAAGAUACACCAUUUAUAAAUCUAUGUCACCUUUUAGCAAAAAAAACAAAAAAAUAUAGUGGAGCAGAAAUUGUUAAUAUAUGUAGAGAGGCAUCUAUAUGUGCCUUAAGACAAACAUUAAAAGCAACAAAAAAUAAAAAAAAACAAAUUAUUAAUACGCAAAAUAAUAUUUCUCAUAAUGAAAAUAAAUAUACAUUUCAUAAGGAACACCUUAUUGGAUUAAGUAAGAAACAUUUUCUUCAAGUGUUAAAAAAAAUUAAACCUCAAACAAGUGAAUCGCUAAUAAAUUUUUAUAAAAAUUAUAAGGAGCAAAACAAGGUAUAA